GAGGUGGCGCCCGAGCCGCUGCCGCCACUGCCACUGCUCGCCAUGGGCCCGGGGCCCCGGCUGCUGCUCGCUCUUGCGCUUUGCGUGGGGCUCGGCGCCCUCGCGCCUUCUGCGGGGGCCUCGGGCGUCAGCAGGCGAGGCCCCACCGUGACGGCCAAGGUCUUCUUCGAUGUGAGGAUUGGAGACAAAGAUGUUGGCAGAAUUGUGAUUGGCCUCUUUGGAAAGGUUGUGCCCAAGACUGUGGAAAAUUUUGUUGCGCUCGCAACAGGGGAGAAAGGAUACGGCUAUAAAGGAAGCAAAUUUCAUCGCGUCAUCAAAGAUUUCAUGAUUCAAGGAGGAGACUUCACGAGUGGGGACGGCACCGGCGGUAUAAGUAUUUAUGGUGAGACAUUUCCAGAUGAGAACUUCAGACUGAAGCAUUAUGGCAUUGGGUGGGUCAGCAUGGCCAAUGCUGGGCCUGAUACCAACGGUUCUCAGUUCUUCAUCACCUUGACGAAGCCCACCUGGUUGGAUGGCAAACAUGUGGUAUUUGGAAAAGUCAUUGAUGGAAUGACUGUGGUCCACUCCAUAGAACUCCAGGCAACUGAUGGGCAUGACCGUCCGCUCACCGACUGCUCCAUCAUCAAUAGUGGCAAGAUAGACGUGAAGACCCCCUUUGUGGUCGAGGUUGCUGACUGGUGAUACAACGGGUGGAAAAUGAGAAACACACUCUGGCAGGGAUGUGUGUGUGUGUGUGUGUGUGUGUGUGUCUUUUAAUUCUCCAAAGUUACUGUUUUGCUUUGUUUCCUCACUUCUGUGUUUUACCCCCGAUCACAGGAAAGUUCAAAACAUCAACCAGUCCGUGUUUAGUUUGCAUGAAUUGUGGUAAAUCACUUGUUUAGGGACUUGGCACUUAAAAGACCUAUGCCCUUCCUCCAGUGGUGCUAUUUUUAAACUAGAAAACUUUGUAUUGUCUGUUUUCUUUUGAAGAACACAAUCAUUAUUUUGCUGAAUUAAUUGUGAUUCCCAAGUUGAUUGACGCUGAAGAUUUGUCUGAAGAAGACUGGGGAUGUAAAGUUUGUUAUUUUGUGUUCAAACAAAUUCUUUGCAGGUAACGGGAGAUUUGAUGAGUGUAAUCUGUAAUCUGAUAUAUGUCAUAGGAACUUUUACCUGAUAAAAGGUGCUUUUUGUGUCCUCUAUAUUAAAUGCUUUUUAUAUAGGUCAAC